UGGAGGUCAAUAGAGUGGUGGCGCUGCUUAUGAUGUCUGGUCCUUUCUCUCUUUUUUCAAUGUAAAGCAGGUAGCCUCCUUAACUUUGGAGACUAUGUACAUAAACUCAAGAAUGGCCAACAACAUUCCUCCUGGGUAUCACGUUGAAGUUGUGGGUGACGCUAGAUUUGUGGUACCUUUACGGUACUCUAAUUUAAAGCCCAUUGGUUCUGGAGCUCAGGGCUUUGUUGUAGCUGCCUAUGAUUCAGUACUCAAACAAGAUGUUGCCAUUAAAAAAUUGGCUCGUCCUUUUCAAAAUGUUACACAUGCCAAACGUGCCUAUCGUGAAUUUGUUUUGAUGAAACUGGUGAAUCACAAAAAUAUCAUAUCAUUAUUAAACGCAUUUACUCCUCAACAAACAUUGCAAGAUUUUCAAGAUGUUUAUUUGGUGAUGGAGUUUAUGGAUGCCAAUUUAUGUCAGGUGAUCAAUCUUGAUUUAGAUCAUGAACGAACCUCAUAUCUACUGUAUCAAGUAUUAUGUGGUGUAAAACAUUUACAUGCAGCCGGUAUAAUCCAUCGAGAUUUAAAACCCAGUAAUAUUGUUGUAAAACAUGAUUGUAGUUUGAAAAUUCUGGAUUUCGGUUUGGCUCGUACAGCUGGAGAUAGCUUUUUAAUGACUCCAUAUGUGGUAACUCGUUAUUAUCGUGCUCCAGAAGUUAUUCUAGGUAUGGGUUAUUCUGAAAAUGUAGAUAUUUGGUCAGUUGGUUGUAUAUUUGCUGAGAUGGUUUUAGAAAGAAUUCUAUUCCCCGGCUAUGAUCAUAUUGAUCAAUGGACUAAAAUUACAGAAGAACUUGGAACACCAGGACCAGAAUUUAUGAAUCGUUUAGAAUAUGCUGUUCGUAAUUAUGUAAUGUCACGUCCAAAAAAUGAACCACGUUCAUUUACUGAACUUUUUCCAGAUGAUCGUUUUCCUCCACCUAGCACCGAGCAUGAAACACUAAAUGCUGACCAAGCUCGUGACUUAUUAAGUAGAAUGUUAGUGAUUGAUCCAUUACAAAGAAUUUCAGUUGACGAUGCUCUUCAUCACCCAUAUAUACACGUAUGGUACGAAGACUCUGAAGUAAACGCGCCACCACCAGCUCCAUAUGAUGAUUCACUUGGUGAAAGAAAUUUAUCAGUUGAAGAAUGGAAAGCGCGCAUAUUUCAUGAAGUAAAGGAAUUCGAAGCUCAAGAAUCUCAUAUACGUAAUGUUCAAAAUUAAAUGAUCCUUGAAACAAAUAGAUUACAUGUGUAUAUACACAUACAUUUAUAAAGCAAAAUAUUGAAAGAUAGACAGACAGACAGAGAGAGAGAGAGAAAAGUGUUCUACAUAGAAGACUGAAGGAAUGAACAGUAUAAAUGGUGACCAAGCUAUCAACAACAAACCUACAGAUUAUUCCCAACUUUCUUUUUUUAAAAAAAAACAUUUUAUUAACUAGAAACUGUGAAUAGGUGUAGUGGUGGUGAUGGUGACGGUGGUGGUAGUGGUGGUAGUGAUACAGUGAAACUUCUGAUUGUUUUCCUGUUUUUAUAUCACUGUUAUUAUUUUCUAUUGUUUAACCUCUUGUAAAUUUAUUGGCUACCAGUUGUUUUGUAUAAAAUAAAUAAUAGAGAUAGUCUAUACAUAGAAUUAUUUAUCAUGAUUAUUCCAAAUGUGCAUACAAUGAUUCGCUUGUGUUAUUCUUUGAUAUGUACUGUAUGUAUAGGAAAUGAAUGGUCCGUUGAAUGUACCCAUACAUACAUACACACACAUAUAUAUAAUAUCUAUGAAUAUGAUGUAACUCGAAUGAAUGAUGUUCAUUUUCUAUCAAUUUUAUCGUUUGUUUUAUUUCUUUUUUUACAUUUCCCCCUUUACUAAUUCUUUUCUAAAAAGAAUUUAGUUCCCCCAUAUUUGUUUGUGUAAUUUUUCUUCUUUCCCCCACCCCUAUAAACUAUGUUAUUAUGUAAUUUUAGUGUUCAUAUGCACACAGACAUACACAUACAUACAUACACACGCUUAUUUUUCAUUUAUUCAUCAGCUACUUUUCUAUGUUUAUUUUGUGAUAUAACCUUUAAUUGUGUAGAUGAUUAAGUUGAAUUCACUUAUUUAUCAUUUAUAUUAUUCAAUUAAUAAAUAUAUAUAUAUAGCCUUUUAAGUGUAAUCACUAUUCCCGGUAUAAGAUAAUUAUAAUAAUCAAAAUGCUUGUUAUUUGACAUCUAUUUAUACAUGGUUUAUAUUGUUGUUUCAAAAUAAGAAGAAAGAGAAGAAAAAAAAGAGGAAAACAUUUUCUUUCCUUUUUCUUUCUUCCUUUUUUUUUUCUCAAAAAGAAUAACAACCAAACAAACAAUAUUCUAUUCACUAAUACAAUUAUUCAUCAUCACAAAUGUCUGUUCAUGAUGUGUUUUGAUUUUUGAAAGAAAACAACAGAAACAUCCCAUUGAAAUUUAUUUUGCUAAAUAUAUGUAUUAUUCAAAUGACUAGUUUGCUUAUGCUUAUCACUUUUAAACAAUAUGAAGUCAUUCUGUUCGUUUGUUUGUUUGUUUAUUUGUUUAGUCAGUAAACCAAAAAUAGAAUUGUAACACAAUUGUUUGUUGUUCUUCAAUAUUUCUCAAUAGGUGUGUAUUUAUUAGUUUCUAUUUGUUUUGUUUUUAUUAUUAUUAUUAUUAUUAUAAUUUUAUUCUGCUGUUAGGGUAUAUUACUUUUAUUAAUAAAACAAACAACCUCUGUUCAAAUGUUCUGUUUUGUUUAGUUUUGUUUUUGCUGAAUGCCUUCUAUAUCAAUCACCUAAUUGUGAAUCAUAAAUUCAUGGUCUUAUAAGCAUUCUGUAAAAAUAGAUGGAUCACUUCAGAUUAUU